AUGGCUCCUCUAGUGACUAUAUCUACUUGUUCCCUCAACCAGUGGGUGCUGGAUUUCGAAGGAAACACAAGCCGGAUUAUAGAAAGUAUCCGCAUUGCCAAAGCUGCUGGGGCUAGAUGGUUUACUUCAUGGGCCAAACCAAGAUAUGUUGAGGACUAUUAUCUUGAAAGAAUUGUAGGCGAGAUUACUGGUCAAGCCACUGUUCCAAUUGGAGAUGCAGUCAUCAGCACAUAUGACUCGGCCAUCGGUAUCGAAACCUGCGAGGAACUCUUCACCCCAAAUAACCCAGGCAUCCAUAUGGGGCUCAAUGGAGUAGAAAUAUUUACAAAUUCAAGUGGAAGCCACCAUGAACUCAGAAAACUCAAGCAGAGAAUCGACCUUAUUCGUCACUGUACGAGAGGUGGUGGUAUCUACUUAUAUGCCAAUCAAAGGGGUGAAGACGGAAACGGACGUCUUUAUUUCGACGGCUCGGCUGGCAUAUUCGUUAAUGGGCGUGUUGUUGGAAUGAGCUCUCAGUUCUCCUUAAAGGAUGUAGAUGUUGUCACAGCUGUUGUGGACCUGGAAGAAGUCCGCAGUACUCGUACUUCGGUUAGUCGAAGCUCUCAAGGCAGUCAAGCACCUGCAUAUCAGCGGAUCGAAGCUCCAAUUUCGCUGUCAAGAAAGUCAGACUUACUUAACCCAAAUGUCAAACCUUCUCCUGAUAUCGAAUUGGAAUACCAUUCCCCAGAGGAAGAAAUUGCUCUGGGUCCAGCUUGCUGGCUUUGGGAUUAUCUGAGGCGCAGCAGGCAAUCUGGUUUCUUUGCAUCAGUUGCCAUAAUCACAUUCUCGAUGUGCCGGCUUGUUGUUUCCGCUUGUCGCGACGGAAAUCAGGCGGUUAUCGCAGAUAUGCGUAGGAUUGUCGGGGUGCCAGAAGAUUCACAUUGGCUGCCAGAUACUCCUCAAGAACUUUGUGGCAAAAUCCUUCACACAUGCUACAUGGCCACCACUAAUUCAAGCAAAGAAACGAGAAAUAGAGCAAAGCAGUUGGCCAAGUCUAUCGGAAGCUACCACAUUGAUCUUGACAUGGACUCUGUCGUUUCAGCGAUAUCUAACUUAUUCACUUUUGUAACUAACUUUACUCCACGUUUUUCCGUCCACGGUGGUACCGCCACUGAGAACCUCGCUCUCCAAAGUAAGCCUGCAAAUUCAGGAAUAUUCAAGCACGCUCCCGCCUCGUUGUUGGCUAUAUGUUCGCUCAGCUUCUGCCUCUGGUACGGCAGAGGCCAGGGGGAUCUUCCCUCCUUGUUCUUGCAUCAGAUUGAGAGGGUAUCUGACCACGCCGAUCUGAACCCAAUUGGCUCAAUUGAUAAAAGCGAUUUGAUCAAUUUCCUAACGUGGGCAAAAGUAAACUUUGAUAUUCCUAUCAUUGAAAGCUUCGUGCAUGCCAUUCCCACGGCAGAACUGGAGCCCAUUACCGAAAAUUACACACAAUCCGAUGAAGACCAAAUGGGCAUGACAUACGCGGAGCUCUCCCUAUUUGGUCGCUUGCGCAAAAUAAGCAGUGAAUCGGCAUAA